GUUCAGAGGGCACUCGCUCAGGUCGUGUUGUGCUACUAGCUCGUGAGGUGUUCCGCUGCAGGUGCCAGCGAUGUGAUGGCUUUCCUGACUCUGUUCAUGAGGAGGCAGGUACCGCAGGCAGUCUGCUACGUCGCCCGGACAGUGAAGCUUCUCCGGCCUCCCUGCUCCGGAGCUCCGCUGAGCCGGAGGCUGCACAGCUCGUCCCGACUGAGGGUCGGAGAGAAGGGACCGUGGGGGAAGAACCGGGGUCCAGAGCAGCAGCAGUACCAGCUUACAGACCUGGACAAGGCAGAUGCUUUGAUGCUGAGGAAGUCCCACGAGACAGGAUUCCUCUCAUGGUUCAGGAACGGUCUGCUGGCCACUGGGAUCGGUGUCAUUGCAUUCGUCCAGAGUGAAGUAGGAAGAGAAGCAGGAUAUGCCUUCUUUAUCCUGGGAGGUCUGUGCGUAUCGUUCGGCAGUGCCACGUACAUCGGCAGCCUUUUCGCCCUGCGGAGGAUGAUGCUGCUGUCUGUGCCUGCACUGCUGCUUCAGAGUGCUGCUGUGGGCAGCGUCGCCCUCUUCUGGCUCUGCGCAGUAUCUUUAUACAUCGGCCGCCUGGAGGUGGAGAUCAUUCACGAUGAGGAGGAGGGAGAGGAUGAGGAAGAGUGCCGAGAGUGCCGCGAGAGGCGAGAAAGCAGAGGUUACCGUGACAGCAGACAUCAUGACACUGAGGACAGUGACGGCAAAGGGAACAACAAGUAGAGAGAGUGGAAAGGAGUUUGUGCUGCUUUAUUUUCAGGGUUUACUCUUCUUUGGUGUGCUUGUGUGGGUGUUUGUGUGUGAGUAUGAGCAGCUUGCAUGUCCAUAUGUAGGCCGUGUGAGUAUGAAGAUAUAGACCUAUUAUCCUUUGUUAUAGUUAUGUAAAGAUUAUGUGAAGGGGAUUUUUAAACCUUUUGGAAAGUGGUCAGAAAAUGGUGAAAUUUAUGUUCACUUCAUGUGAAUAAAUUAUUUUUUCUGUAAAAAUUGGUAUUAUCAAAUUUAUUCAAAGCCGCUUCACUUUCCUCAUCAGUCUGUCAGAGUUUCAUGUUUUACAUCCUCACAAUCACAGACAAAGAGACUGCAAAGAGAACAAGUGUUUUGUAGUAGUUCUUUUUCUUUGAGUUAAUUCAUCAGCUUUCAUCAGCCAACUGCUCUUUGUCUUAUCUUUUUCAACAUAAUUUAUCAAAUCACAUAAAUGUGAUUGAAUACUUGAAGUUUUCAUUGAAGUCUUGAAAUCAAACAAGCUGGUCAACGUGCUGUGACAUCGAGAGAGGAUCGAUGCACUUUGUUCAGGGCUGUCUUUAAUGAGGGCUUACAGUCUAUUUUUACAGAGGUGACCCUUUGAACUUGUUUUUAACACUUUGUUUUGUAAGGGAAACAGCACUUCUCUGAGUUUUUUUCCCAAUAUCUCAACUUGACUUUUGGAAAAGAUUAGUAUUUUUCACAGCUGUCUCUGUGGUUAUAUACAGUGCUUAACAAACUUAUCAGACCACCCUAACCCUAACCAAAGUAAGGUUUAUGCCAAAGCUGCCCUAAAUUAACAGCAUUGGUAAUUACCAAAAUCAUUUUUUAUGCUUCUGCAA